CCCCUGCAAGUCUAACAAAAUAAAUGUCAAAGAUUCGUAUUCUUCCGCAAUCUAAAUUUCUGUUGCAGCUAUCAGGAACUAUUAUCGCACCCAAUGGUCCUGAUCAGUGGAAGGCAGCCGAUCUGUCAACAUGGUUAGCAUUUCAGGGUGCAAACGGUCUUACUAUUGAUGGACUUGGGAUGGUAGAUGGACGUGGCAAAGGCUGGUGGGAUCGCUCAUGCAAAUUUCAUCGUGGUCAGCAGGUAUACUGCAACAUCAAAAUCGCAGAAAACACAACCAAACUUAAACUUGUGAAGUUCCAUACUUCCAGUCAUUUUAAUUCCUUUUCUUUUUCCUGCUUUUUCCUGAUUCCAUUUCUGACUGUUGAACUUCUCCGCAUGGAUAGAAGGCAGGUUAGUAUAUUACUAUAUUAUGUUUUGCUGCAGGUACUUAAACUUGAGAAUUGCAACAAUAUUCACAUGAGCAACAUUAAGUUUCACAACAGCCCCCAAACACACGUACUGAUCUUGGGAUGCCAAAAUGUUGAUUUUGGAUUCUUGACCAUACAAGCUCCUGGAACAAGCCCCAACACUGACGGAAUACACAUUCAGGUUUCUCGUAAUGUGUCCAUUCACAAUUCACAAUUUGCUGAUGGUGAUGAUUGUAUCUCCAUUGGUGAUAGGACUUCUGACAUCUCCAUCACUGACAUUAGUUGUGGCCCUGGUCAUGGUGUGAGCAUUGGAAGCCUAGGCAGGGGCGGAGCGGAGGUUCAAGUAAAUAAUAUUAAUGUGAGGCGAGUAAACUUCCGAGGGACAACUAAUGGGGUACGAAUCAAGACGUGGCAGGGAGGCAGAGGUAUAGUUCGAAACGUAUCUUUCUCAAACAUAAACUUCCGGGCAGUGGCAAAUCCAAUCAUCAUUGAUCAGUUCUACUGUGAUAUUCCAAAUUCGUGUAGGAAAUCGAACACUGCAGUUCAUAUCAGCGGUGUACGAUACUCUCAAUUGUUUGGGACAUCAAAGACAAAAGUGGGUAUCAAUCUCAAUUGCAGCAGUAAUGUUCCAUGCACCGGCAUUACAUUAGAGGACAUUCAUUUGGCAUCGGCAACUUCAGACAGCCAAUUGAUUUCUAGCUGCAACAACGCCUUUGGACUGAAUAGAGGAAUUAUAGAUCCCAAAUCCUGCCUCCGGAAAAUAAUUUGAGAGACAAUAUGAUUGUACAUUCAAAUUUCCUUCUAAAAAUAAAAACAGAAAUAAAAUGUCAAAAUUCAAUUUUAUUAAAUAAAAUAAUGGAUACAAAUUUCUAUAUGAUCUUUUUUACAGAAGAAAAUAAUCUUCUGAUUCGAUCUUAUCAAAAACAAAAAUGAUAUUCUAAUAAAAUGAUUGGGAAAUCUUCAAAACGACGUUGGUUGUGAUAGAAAACAAGCUUGUGAUUUUUGUGAACAAAAGCUUGAUCACGAACUGGCAAAAAUAAGCAGAUCUUUAAAGAAAUGACCAAAGCCUUAUGAUUUCUUGGUUGGUUAUUGAAUUUCAGACAGCUUGAGUAAUCUUCAAAGAUGAGCAGCAAAUCUUGAAUGUGUGAGAAUAAGGCUAGAGUGU